UGCUAGCUCGUCGGCUAGCGUGCUAAUACUCUCAGCAGUGAUGAUGAGACAGAGACAGGAUGAUACAGCAAACCUGCGAAUGAAGCCAUUUCACCCUUUUCUCUCAGGCCUGUGAUUAGAAAACGCCACUAAAGAGGAUUUAAACCGCGUUUCAGUCAAUAUUCAGUCAAAUCAUGAGUUCGGAUGAGCGUCUGCAGUGCUGAGGUGAUGUCGACUGUGUUUAUGUUCAUUUAUUAGCCGGCAUUGAGCCGUAACUGACGCGUGUCGCUGAUACAAACUCGUGAAUAUGUGUUUCAGUCAGAAUAUAUGCUUCUGAUGGAUUUAGUUAGUUGUCAGUUAACUAGAAUGCUCUUUUAAUGUGCUAACCAAGAGCUUAGCCUGCAUUGUUUAUUAUAAACACUCAUUGAUUAUAAGCAACGCUGUGAGAACUGAAGCUGUCAAAGUCUUGUUUGCUCUUUAAAUGGGGACUAUAAGCGGUUUCUUGACCUCACCGCACAGACUGUAGUGUGUUCAUCAGACUCAGUACUUGCUUGAGCAUAUCUACAUCUGUAUUGGAGUGUAUUUCCCAGAAUGCAUCACUCAGAGUCCAGUGGCGAGAGCAGGCGGAUGUCGCACCCGUCGGUGUUCGCCGGACGCCGGGGAAGCGGAGUCGCCGUCCCAUCCGAUGAGCACCAGACACCAGCGCAAAUCUCCCAUCCGGCGGCCUCCGGCUCGUCCUCGCCCGGCCCGCAUCAUCACCCGCCACACAGCCUCAACGUCCAAUCCGUCGCGACGCAAGGCAAGAAGAAGAGCGGCUUCCAGAUCACGAGCGUCCUCCCGGCGCAGGUGUCCGCUAGCGGGAACAACAGCAUCGCCGACGACACGGAGAGCUACGACGACAUGGACGAGUCGCACACGGAGGAUCUUUCCUCGUCCGAUAUCCUCGACCGAACCGCGGACACCGGCGUCCCGGUGCGCAGCUCGUCGGAGGAGACGCUCAAUAGUUUGCAUGGAGGCGAGACGCCCGGAGUCACGUCGCCUAACGAACCGCUAAUGCACCAGGGCUACAUGGUCAACGGAGUCCAUCAUCAUAAGACCGUUCAAGGGCGAGCUACGACGAUUCCCGCCGUCCCAAGUGGAUCCGUGCUAGUCGAGACCGGCGUAACCGCUCCGGAAAGCGUAUCCGCGGUUCCUCCGACUAGCACAGCCUCUCGCUUCCGCGUGGUGAAGCUCGACUCGAACUCGGAGCCGUUCCGGAAGGGCCGCUGGACUUGUGCGGAGUAUUACGAGAAAGACGCGCCGCCGGGAGACACGGCUGCUCACAGAGCGGUGGAGAGCGUCAUGCAGGCGGAGCUCGAGAGCACGAGCAGCAGCUCCUCUGGAAGCACGCUGAGCGGCGGAGAUGCCCACGCUAGUCACCCGCUAGAGCCUCCGUCCGCUAGCGUCCUGAUGGAGAGCGUGUCUGUCCCGCGACCCCCUGCUCACACCAAACCUCCAGCAUCCGGUGUCUCGCUAGCUCCACAGGAAUACGCCGUGAUGCCGCCGGUGUCACCCCGAGCCGCGUCUGUGUCCAUCGGGAUAGCAGGACUCCCUCCGGCGCCGGUCUCUCCGCGGCCCCAGACGUUCCCCGCGGAGCCGCCGCUGUCCUCCGCUGUUGCACCGCUGAGAUCUGUGUUUCCCGCCGCGUACGUGACGGCGUCGCAGCUGGAAGACGCGCACCGGCUCCUGCUACAGCAUCACUCGCUGCUCUCUCUGACCGCGGGAGGCUUCGCUGCGCCGGAUGCUACGGUCGCGCUCGGACCCGACGGGGCCGCCGCCGCCUUCGCUGGCUCCACCGGUGCUGACGAGGACAGUUCUUCAGGAGCCAGUGUAGUGGCCAUAGACAACAAGAUCGAGCAAGCCAUGGACCUGGUGAAGAGUCACCUGAUGUACGCGGUGCGCGAGGAGGUGGAGGUGCUGAAGGAGCAGAUCAAGGAGCUGGUGGAGAAGAACUCUCAGCUGGAGCAGGAGAACACGCUGCUGAAGAACCUGGCCAGUCCCGAGCAGCUGGCCCAGUUCCAGGCGCAGGUCCAGUCCGGUUCUCCCACCUCAGGGGCCCCGCCGGCCCUCACGCCCAACCCGGGCCCCGGGGCCACCGCGUGACGGCCCCCGACCACACUGUGAACGGACUCGCGCAUGAACAUUCGCCACGCUCUGACUUCAUCGCACACCUUGCUGUCAAACGCCACGCGUCAAGAGCUUCACCCGCCUCAGACAAUCAGCGCUAACCGAACCGGACCGAGCCGGAGCCACAUUCUCCUCCUGUUUUUAUGAUGAUUUCGUUACUGGUUUUAUUUUGUUUGCCUUUUAUUUUUGUUUUAGCUGUAUUGAAUAAAUGAGCACUUUGUAGUCGACACAUAAGACCAAACAGGCCGAAUGUGAACUUUGACCUCAGUGUUGUGGGAAUCUGGGACUGUUUAGAGGCUCAAGUGUUUGUGUGUAAAAAUAAAACGUGGGGCCGUGAAUCAAGUUUCACGAUGAGAACAAAAACACACACACACACACACACACAGACAGACUUCCUCACGGACGAUUAAGUUAUUUGCCUUACAGUCCAUCGCUCCGGUCAGUGAUCGUGACCCUUGACCUCACAGUACAUGCAUGUUUCCUUCAGACGAUGUGACGUCAUGCAGUUGCACAUUGACUUUAAUAAAUGACCAUGAAAUGAAA